CACCCAAAUCCUCUAUAGAGGACUCCAUGCGCUUGUCGCCUCUGGACGGAUGGGCACCUAAAGAUGUCAAAUCUUCUAUCAUUGGAAAAAAGAAGCCCAUGGCCACCAAAAAAGGGCUCGGUGCAAAGAAAGGCCUGGGUGCUCAGAAGGUGAGCAGUAAAAGUUUCUCGGAGGUGGAGAAGCAGGCCCAAGUGGCUGAGAAGUUAAGAGAGGAGCAGGCAGUUGAGGUUAAGAAACAAGCUGAAGAAUCCAUUGUGGCCUCCAUGCGUUUGGCCUACAAGGAGCUGGAGAUCGAUAGGAAACUGGAGGAAAAGAAACUUCAGAACAUGGAAGGCAAGAAGCGAGAGCAGGCUGAGAGACUGGGCAUGGGCUUCGGCAACAGGAGUGCCGUGUCUCACUCUGUGAUGUCAGAGAUGCAAGUGAUCGAGCAGGAAACCCCCGUGGGAGCCAAGUCCUCGUCCCGCUCCAAACUGGACAUGUACGAUGAGCCUGGCUUCACUUCUGGACCGCCAAAAUAUAAAGACAACCCAUUCACGGUAGGAGACGGUUUUGGAUCUCGGUGGGACACUGAUGGAGGAACAACCUCUUUCACCACCUCCUGGGCCCUGGAGAAAGAGGAGCCCAAAGAGGAAGUCACCAUCUCCAGUAUUCAGCCAAUUGGAGAAAGACUUCCUAGCAGGAGAAAAGCUGAGGUGUCUGCUCCAGUCUCAGAGUCCAGUGAGGCCAGGCAGAAGUUUGCCAAUGCCAAAGCCAUCUCGUCAGAUAUGUUCUUUGGUCGGGAGAGCAGCGCUGAGUAUGAUGCAAAGACGAAGCUGGAGAGUCUGUCGUCCAGCACCUCCAUCAGCUCAGCUGACCUGUUUGGAGAUGGCACUGACCACAAAGGCUCAGGCUUUGACAGUGUGCUCCCCUCUGGACCGGACAUGGCACAGUUCAAACAGGGAGUGAAGACCGUGGCAGGAAAGAUGGCUGUCCUCGCUAACGGUGUGAUGAACACUAUUCAGGAUCGUUACGGCUCGUACUGAGCCGCGGCAGCAGACACCACCUCCUCGCUGCUGGACGGAGGAGGCUGCAAGAGAAGCAGGACGGCUUGCUCGUCCUCCGUAGAGACAGUAUUUCCUUCUACCGUUCCCAUCACCAGAAUCCUGACUCUUUAUUUUCAUAAACAAAAGCCUUUUGUUAAAAAGUUAUUUACUGUCCACAGUAUUU